UCUAAGGUAGAUCAGCUGGUUUCUGUGUAUAAACAGUGUUCAACUAAAGGAGCUUUUUUAUGUCCAAGCGGGUGGAUUUAGACAUGCAGACGAGUUGUAGUUUAUAACACCGACCUCCAGACUGGAGCUGCUCUCAUAUUUAAACUGUUUUUCGUUGAUUUAUUGAAGAAAUGUUUGCCAAAUCCUUUCGUGUCAAAUCCAACACCGUUAUUAAGGGAUCAGACAGGAGAAAGCUCAAAGCGGAUAUAACGGCAGCCUUUCCUACUCUGUCUGCUGAUGAGCUGUCUGAGCUGAUUCCCAACAAAGAGGAAUUAAAUGUUGUGAAGAUAUAUGCACACAAAGGAGAUGCUGUCACCUUGUAUGUGCUCCACAAAAAUCCACUCUUCUUUGAGGUGGAGAAACGCCUUUAUCCCACUGUCUAUUUGCUUUGGCGGUACCCAGAUCUGCUGCCAACCUUCAGGACGUGGUCACCUGUACUCCAGAAGUUAAUUGGCGGAGCAGAUCUCAUGCUGCCAGGUGUGGUGGUUCCUCCAGGUGGUCUACCAGAUGUGAAAAAGGGGGCUUGCUGUGCGGUCACGGUAGUGAACAACAGGGCACCUGUUGCUGUUGGAACAGCAGCAGUAUCCAGUGAGGAGAUGUACAGUCUGGGAAUGAAAGGGAGGGGAGUCUCUGUUCUCCACACAUACAUGGAUCAUCUUUGGGCAUUUGGAGACAAGUCGAGUCCUCCGUCUGUGCCGGAUGAAGACUGUGAAGAAGAGAUGAAUGAGGAGGAAUGUGAGUUCCCCGAGGAAACCGAGGAGAAGGAAGAAGAGAUGGUUGAGAAGUCCUCGGAGGAUCAGUGGUGUCCCAGUGAUCCGGCCUCAGAUCCAGCCUGUGGUGCUGUUGAGGAGCUCAGUAUCGCAGAGCAAGACGAGGAGAAAGGUGAAGAGGGCAGCGAGAAAGAGGAGAACCAGGAGGACCAGAGAACACCACAGGAGACAAUGGACGCCCUGCUACUGCAAUGCUUCCUGCAUGCUCUGAAGAGCAAGGUGAAGAAGUCGGAGCUCCCUCUGCUGACUAGCACAUUUCUCCGCAACCACAUGUUCUCCUGCUGCCCAAGUGGGAAACAAAUUGAUCUUAAGAAGUCCAGUUAUAAGAAGCUCUCCAAGUUCCUGCAGACCAUGCAGCAGCAGUACAGCCUCGUGCGAGUUAAGGAACUCUCCAAAGGGGUGGAGAGCAUUGUGGAGGUGGACUGGAAAAACCCAGAGCUGCGUUCCUUCAGCCCUCCCGAGGAGAAGGAUGUUGAAGCCUCUCCUGUGCAGGAUGGAGGGAGGGGGGACGUUCCCUACCAUCCUCCAGAGAUCACAACCCUGUACUCGGUGUCUGCUCGGCUGGAGCCUCUCUUCCUUGAUGCAAACAAGAGGAAAGGAGCAACGAUGCACCCGGCCGAAGUGAGGAGCAUCAUCACGGAAUACGUGAAGAAAAAUGAGCUGGUGGCCGAAAAUAACAAGAAUUAUGUGACAAUAAAUCCCACUCUAUGUGACUGUCUGCUGGAGAAAUCCGAGUACCAGGAGGUCGAGUCUCUCAAGUGGGACGAUCUUUUUACCAGGACUUUGGGAAGAAUGCAGGAGUGCUAUCAGGUUGUGUACCCUGGACAAGCCCCUGUGAUCAAGAAAGGACACAUCGAGCCGAUUGACAUCUCCGUAGCCUCCAGAGGAUCCAACAAGAAGGUGACUCUUGUGAAGAACCUGGAGGCGUACGGUGUGGAUCCAGCAGCCGUGGCUGCAACUCUGCAGCACCGAGUUCAGGCCAGCUCCGUCUUGCAGCCUGUUCCUGGAUCCAGAGACCGAGUCUCCGUCCAGAUCCAAGGAAACCAGAUUCAUCAAGUCGGCAGCCUGCUGCUGGAUCAUUAUCAAAUUCCUCGCAAGUACAUCCAAGGACUGGACAAAGCUCCGAAAAGCGGCAAGAAGAAGUAGUCGAUCGUCAUCCUGCUGUUCCAGCUGUUUUCUGUCAAUAAAGCUAUUUUGCUGUGUGCAAACAACAGCUCAUUCAUAAAAAUAAAGUCCUCUUCUGGAGGUUGAUGAAUGAAACUAUAAGUGUUU